AUCGUUUCUCUCUCUAAAUCUCUCUCUAAAAAGUCAGCGCCUUGGUUUCUCUCUCUAAAAACCUGCAUAAAAGUCAAACAAUGGAGGUUGAUUGGGACUUGCAUGCGGUGGUCAGAGCCUGUUGCUCCACCGCCGCCUCCUCCUCCUCCGCCGCUUCAACCGCCACCACAUCGACCGCUACCGCUGGAGCUCCAGCUUGGCCUGUGGAUGCUUACAAUCAACAAAAAUCAAGUUUUCAAGAUGAAAAUUUCAUGGGGUUUUUUCCAGAUCCAUUUCAAAGAAGAAAUGACAACAGUAUUGAACAGUUUUUGAAUGAUCUUAACAACCCCCUACACUUUCCAAAACUACAGAAACCACCUCUAUCUCCACAGAGUUUGCCAAUCUCACCUCUCUCGGUUCUUGGAGGAUUACAAGAUCCACCACUCCAACACCACCACCACCAGCAACAGCAGCAGCAACAGCCAAAACAACUUCAGGAAAAACAGCAAUCUUUUGGUAUAUCUAGAUGUACAACUUCUAAUGCACAAAGUACAAGGUCAAAGAAAAGGAAGAAUCAGAUGAAAAGGGUCUGUCAAGUCCCCGCUGAGGGAUUAUCCUCCGAUAUAUGGUCUUGGAGAAAAUAUGGUCAAAAACCCAUCAAAGGUUCUCCAUAUCCAAGGGGAUAUUAUAGAUGUAGUACUUCAAAGGGUUGUUUGGCCCGAAAACAAGUGGAGCGAAAUAGAUCCGACCCGGAUAUGUUCAUCGUCACCUACACCGGCGAACACAGCCACCCAGUUCCGACACACCGCAAUUCUUUAGCGGGCAGCACCAGAAACAAACCCACCACUUCCGGCGACGAAGAUAGUACCACUAAAACCAACAAACAAACUUCAUCUCCGCCGGUAUCUCCCCCCGCCAGCCAGUCUCCGACCACAGAAAAGGCGGAGGAUAAUGAUACCGAUGAUGACAACUUUGAUAUGGUGAUGGGAGGACGACUUCUUUGAAGGAUUAGAUGAGCUUGUCGGUCCAGUUAUUCCGGUGACAUCAACGGCAUCUCCACCUUUCCCAUGGUUAUCAAACAAUGUCGCCACCACAAGCACCACCGCAGCUGGCGGUAGUUGACUUUUACAGGGUUGUGACGUUUGCAUGAUGACAUGAUAUGCGUUUCUUCCUGCUGACUUUUCAUAGUGUUUCUUUUUGUUCUUUUUUACUUUUUAGAGAGAGAAAAAGAAGGGAGAGAGAUAGUAAAAAUAGGCCUUUGCCAAGAUAAUCUUUAAACCAUUAAAGGGUUGUACCAUAUGCAUUAACCUCUGUACAUUGUGUUCGCAUAUGUCUUUCGUUUUUCUUUUAGGCAAUUGGGUAUCAAACCCUUUUGUGGCUUAAAGAAUAUUGUCCCUUUACAAUGAACUUUUGUACAUGGU